AUGAGCAUCUCUCCCUUGCUCAAAGUAUUCUCCACUCCACCAGCAGAGAAAAACGCCUUUGUAUCGCUCAUACACACUGCCCUACAGGCUCAGCGACUUCCGAAGCGCAUUCGGGAGGUCAUCAUGGAUCUCUAUCAAGGAGCGAGCUUCUGCAUAUCUAGGAAAGAGGGCUGCUCAGGCAGAAUAGACAAUAAGAGGGGAGUCAAGCAAGGGUGCCCUCUCAGCCCCAUCCUUUUCAAUCUUGCCAUUGAGCCGCUACUGCAGCAGCUGGCAGCAUGCAGGGAAGACCUAGGACUACGUAACAACCAAUAUGGGAGGCCUCCAGUCAAGGUCUCUCACAUGGCGUACGCGGGUGACUUAAAGAUUGUUGCCAACAGCCAUGAGGGUCUCAACAGCCUUCAUCAGGUGGUGAAUAAAUUCCUUAAAUGGACAGCUUUAGAGGCAAAUCCGUCCAAAUGCGCUACAAUGGGUUAA